AUGUCAACCGUCCAAGCAAUCUCACCCCCCUCCAUCCAACCCCCCGGCGGAAAAUACUCGCACGUCCUCGUCGUCUCAGGCCCCCACAAAAGCAUCGAAAUCGCCGGACAAGUCGGGGUCAAACCAGACGGGACCAUCCCCAAGACCUACGAAGAACAAGUGAAGCAAGCCUUUUCGAAUCUCAAGGCAUGUCUUGACUCUGUCGGCCCGGAAAAGGCAAUCAUCACGCGGCUUCGGUAUUAUAUUGUCGACUACAAGUACCCGGAGAAGUUUGAUGCCCUUAGAGAGGCGAGAGAGAUUAUUUUUGACGGAUAUACGCACCCGUUUCCGCCGAGUGUGCUCGUUCCGGUUCCGGCUUUGGGAGACCCGGACUUUCUGGUUGAGGUUGAGGCUUCGGCGGUUGUUCCAGAGUAA